CUGGCAUUCCUACGCGGUCAACAAAGUCAUCUUCACAGUCUUCUCUCGAGGCUAUGUCACUAUACUUCACAACCCAAUUAAACCAUGACGGUAGCUCAAGUUUGGUCGCUGAAAAAUUCUUUUAAUGGAACCCCGAAAAUUGACGAUUUUCAUUUAACAGAGGAAACCUUACCAGAGCUAAAGGAUAAUGAAAUUUUGGCUGAGGCACUGUAUUUAAGCAUCGACCCAUACUUCAGGUUGCUGGCGUCAAGUAGUCAACCAUUACCCGGUGAGCAGGUGGCCAGGGUUCUAGCAUCAAAGAGUCCAAACUUUCCUGUUGGCUCUCUAGUGUGUGUCCAUGCAGGGUGGCGCUCACAUACGGUACUUAAUGUGUCUGAAUGCAGAAGUUUUGACACCAAAGUGGAGGUGAUAGAAGAGGUUCAGGGUCUGUCCCCGUCUCUUUGGCUUGGCACUGUUGGAAUGACGGGAGUUACGGCUUAUUUGGGAUUUGUCGAGAGAUGUGAACCCAAAUCAGGGGAGACAAUUGUUAUUACUGCAGCUGCUGGAGCAGUGGGGUCAGUUGUUGGUCAGCUGGCCAAACUGCAAGGUUUGAGAGUUAUUGGCCUUGCUGGCUCCAGGGAGAAGUGUGAGUACCUCAGGAGCCUGGGCUUUGAUCAUGCCAUCAACUACAAGGUGGAGGACAUCUCACAGGCGCUUGACACAGCUGCACCAGAUGGUGUGGACAUCUAUUUUGACAAUGUAGGAGGGAACAUUUCAGAUAUUGUUUACAGUAAACUACGCAGCCACGGACGUGUUUUAAUCUGUGGCCUCAUCUCCACUUACAAUACAGGGGCAGAGAAAGGUAAACUUUGGUACAAUGACAUCCUGUUUAAACAGCUCAAAGUUCAAGGUUUUUUUAUAUUCACCCCUGAGAACCUGGCCCAGUUCCCUAGAGUGAGGAAAGAGCUAAUAUCCCUAAUUACACAGGGAAAGAUCAAAACAAAAGAACAUGUACGAGAGGGAUUCAAGAACAUGCCUGCAGCCUUUCUAGAACUAUUUACAGGGGAAAAUGUUGGCAAAAUUAUUGUGAAAGUAUAGCAUGGGAUAAUAAAGCAUGACAUUUUUGUAAAAGUAUAAUGUAAUAAAGCAUAGAACUACUGUUAAAGUAUAGUGAUAUAUAGCAUGACAUUAUUGUAAAAUUACAGUGCAUUAAAACAUAAAAUUGUUGUUAAAUAUAGCAGAGGUGU